AAAACAAGAUUAUUUCACGCCUUGAUUGUUACCAUGGAUUACGUAGAUUUCUGAAUAAUUCAUAGAGCGAGGGAAGAAACAAAAGCUCACCUUGGCGGGCACCGAGCGACGAACAUCUGUUAGCCUUACAGAUAAAAGCACAAAUGCCGGACAGCGAAAUAACAAGAAUUACAGGGACGACUGCGAACGGAUUCCUUUCGAAGAAUCUCCAGCCAAAAUAUAAAUACAUUGAAGACCCUGCCGAUGUCGUAUCACUGACUUACAAAAAUCAAUUCAGUCAGUUUAACGUGAAAUAUCACGAACUAAAAGUGAUUGCAUCGCCGAUCUUCGGCCGUUUCAGUGGCGAACGAGUCGUCUUUCAAUAUGACUGGGACACGGUUGUGGUAUCGACCGAAAAUAACUCAGUUUACGUCAUGUUUUUGCGAGCAGGGACUUCCCCAGAAAGUGUUCAACGAUUCUGUCUGAACUUUCUUUAUUCAAGCGACGCCGAGCGGAUUUUAAGGGAACAUAGAAUGAACGACGACGAGCUCAGCAUUACAUCAAACGUGGAAAGAGUGCCCGCACCUCUGACGGUGCAGUGUCUUAGGUCAGUUGUUAUCAACAUGGAACGCAUGCCCAAGAAGGAGCUCCAGUAUCUACCCAGUCCCUAUCGAGAGCUUUUUGUCCCAGACUCUUUCAUUCCGGUCAAGUUUAACCUUUGGCCCCGACAUGUAUUUGGGAAAGGAGAGAGUACAAUUCUGAUGGUGAAAAAAGAAAUGAUCAUCAGCGAAGUACUGCUGUUAUUAAGGCAAAAAUUAGAGCUCAAAAGCGAUUUAGACGUGUGCUUGUUCAGAAGGAGCCUUCCGGUUGAAGAAGAUGAGGUCAUUAUGGAUGGAAAUGUCUACUAUGAUUGCGUCGUUUCACCAUCUCAUAGCCCAACAGCCAUUGCCAGUGCAGUGCAGCUCGAAAAGCAUCACGGGAACAUACGGGCAAGCCCUAAUAAGGAGGUUAUUAUAGCAUCGCUGGUUGGAAGAGAAAUGAAAGAACUCCAAAUAAACCUGUCCCUUCCCCUCAGAUACCUAGACAUUCAGUUGCGCCAAAUGUUUCGACUCAAGCCGUGGAGUUUUCUAGUACUGUAUCUUCCAAGCGAGGGCCGCACCAUAUUUCACGCAGGAAGGAUGAUUUACUCAAGUUACGAAGAGGAAUUUGCUAAGUUUCUUGUAUCCAACGGGAAGAGAAAUUUUCCAAAGCCAGACCGAGGCAUGGAAACAUUAAGAGUCAAAGAUAUGUACAAGGAAUGCUCAGCUUUCAAGAAAUCACUUCGUAACCAUGGAUUUCGCCCUGGAAUAUUGGUAGAGGUUUUCGAGGUCACUGGGCCAAGUGUCCCGGUUAUGUACUCUGGCGCGGUUACAAAGGCUCAAGUCCUUGACGUGAAUCCGGAUUGGUCGCUUCAGACAUUCCUGUAUUACGUCAAAGUGAAUACUCCACAAGCAUCGAAGAUUGAAUCUAUCGACUAUGUGAGAGACUACAAGAACGGCAAAAUGACGGAUAUUUUGAACAUGAUGAAGAAUCUGUGGAAUCGGCCUGAUCAAGGAGGUCGACUUGAGUACGUCAGGCUACGCAGCUAAAAAAAAUAACUAUGAAGUACCUUAUAAACCCACAACUGGCUGAAAAAAUCAGUUGUUCAUAUUAAAUCUCGAAUGUUGGCGAAGUCGGUGAGCUCAUAGUGUCAAUUGGUACUUCAUGGGUCCAUCAGGUAUUGAAAUGACCUGGCAGAAUUGCUACUUUCUUUCCAUUGAAAAACAUUGUAUGGUCAUGCGAUUUUGUCAACCUGAAUUAAGGGCUGUUCUUCGGUCGUUUCGAUACAAAGUCAUCUCGAUACAAGUCGGUUCGAUACAAACAAAAGUCGAUCCGAUACAUCGACAACGUCGAUUCAAUACCUCUUGAAGGUCCUUAAACUCCUUUUUUCGGACUCCUGGACAGUUGGAAACAUCCUAAUUUAUCCUUCACUAGUUUUUAUCGAAGUGACAGAACUUGUAUCGAAAGGACUUUGUACGUGUAUCAAAUCGACUUUUCGAUUUAUUAAAUCGACUUCAGUUUUUAUCGAAACGAGUUUGUAUCGAAACGACCGGACUCCGUGGGUAUCUCAGACUGAUCCGUUAGCAAGUAAUUAGAAUUUCGCCCAACAUGAAAGUUUAAACACGACGUUUGUUUAAAAUGAGGAAACUUUAUUAAUUGAGUACAAAACAAUUUUAUCAUUCCUUCUCCAGCCUAUCUGUUUGGCCAUCAGUCAAGCGAUUUCAAGGAGGGAUGGAUCACUUAUCUGUUAGAAAUGGAUGCAGAGACAUGUUACUGCUGUCACAAAGCUUUCACAGUAUUGUUCUAAUAAGGAUACAAAUUUAAAAACUUCACAUUAA